GAUUCGGUUCCCCAGCUGUUUUACAAGCGUACAACAUACACGUUUUUCCUUAGCUAGUGUUUUUUGUUUUGUUCAACUUGGCUUUUAAAGAGAAUCUUGAUCGUUUGGUAUGUUUGAGCCUCAGGUGAAUUCUCAUUAACUUAUUUUUAUUUCAAGGUGCUUUAUGUUUCAUAGCGUAAGUAUGUUGUGUGUGUGUGAGAGACUAGACUGAGAAGUAGAUGUGGACCGAAUUGGAAGCAUUUUCAAGAGGAGCAAGCCAGGGAAGCAACGUUAUUUCGUCAACUCUGAUUAUUUCGUGUACUCUUACGGAGGAAGAAACCCUACAGUUAAACCCUGAUGUGUCCUUGAUCAUAGGAAACUUUUCAGCUGGAGAAUGCUGGAGGAGACCUUAAGGAUGGCCGCCGCCACUGCGAAGGAGCUGUUGUCAUUCUGGAUGCUGGUGCUCAGUAUGGGAAAGUCAUAGACCGAAGAGUGAGGGAACUGUUUGUGCAGUCUGAAAUCUUCCCCUUGGAAACACCAGCAUUUGCCAUAAAAGAGCAAGGAUUCCGUGCUAUUAUCAUUUCUGGAGGACCUAAUUCUGUGUAUGCGGAAGAUGCACCCUGGUUUGACCCAGCGAUAUUCACUAUUGGCAAGCCUGUUCUUGGGAUUUGCUAUGGCAUGCAGAUGAUGAAUAAGGUAUUUGGAGGUACUGUGCACAAAAAAAGUGUUAGAGAAGAUGGAGUCUUCAGUAUUAGUGUGGAUAACACAUGUUCAUUAUUCAGGGGCCUUCAGAAGGAAGAGAUUGUUUUGCUUACCCAUGGAGAUAGCGUAGACAAAGUAGCCGAUGGAUUCAAGGUUGUGGCACGUUCUGGGAACAUUGUGGCAGGUAUAGCAAAUGAAUCUAAAAAAUUAUAUGGAGCACAGUUCCACCCUGAAGUUGGCCUCACAGAAAAUGGGAAAGUAAUACUGAAGAAUUUCCUGUAUGAUAUAGCUGGGUGCAGUGGGACCUUCACCGUGCAGAACAGAGAGCUUGAGUGCAUUCGAGAGAUCCGAGAGAGAGUGGGCACAUCCAAAGUGUUGGUUUUACUCAGUGGUGGAGUAGACUCCACAGUUUGUACAGCUUUGCUGAAUCGUGCUUUGAACCAAGAUCAAGUCAUUGCUGUGCACAUUGAUAAUGGCUUUAUGAGAAAACGAGAAAGCCAGUCUGUAGAGGAGGCCCUCAAAAAGCUUGGAAUUCAAGUCAAAGUGAUAAAUGCUGCUCAUUCUUUCUACAAUGGAACAACAACUCUGCCAAUAUCAGAUGAAGACAGAACUCCACGAAAAAGAAUUAGCAAAACGUUAAAUAUGACUACAAGUCCUGAGGAGAAGAGAAAAAUCAUUGGGGAUACUUUUGUUAAGAUAGCUAAUGAAGUAAUUGGAGAAAUGAACCUGAAACCAGAGGAGGUUUUCCUUGCCCAAGGCACUUUACGGCCUGACCUAAUUGAAAGUGCAUCCCUGGUUGCAAGUGGCAAAGCUGAACUCAUCAAAACCCAUCACAAUGACACAGAGCUUAUCAGGAAGUUGAGAGAAGAGGGAAAAGUAAUAGAACCUCUGAAAGAUUUUCAUAAAGAUGAAGUAAGAAUUUUAGGCAGAGAACUUGGACUUCCAGAAGAGAUAGUUUCCAGGCAUCCAUUUCCAGGUCCUGGUCUGGCAAUCAGAGUAAUAUGUGCUGAAGAACCUUAUAUUUGUAAGGACUUUCCUGAAACCAAUAAUAUUUUGAAAAUAGUAGCUGAUUUUUCUGCAAGUGUUAAAAAGCCGCAUACACUGUUACAGAGAGUCAAAGCCUGCACGACGGAAGAGGAUCAGGAGAAGCUGAUGCAAAUCACCAGCCUGCAUUCGUUGAGUGCCUUCCUGCUGCCCAUCAAAACUGUGGGGGUGCAGGGUGACUGUCGUUCCUACAGUUACGUGUGUGGAAUCUCCAGUAGAGAUGAGCCUGACUGGGAGUCUCUUAUUUUCCUGGCCAGGCUUAUACCGCGCAUGUGUCACAACAUUAACAGAGUGGUCUAUAUAUUUGGCCCGCCAGUUAAGGAACCUCCUACGGAUGUCACUCCCACUUUCCUGACAACAGGGGUGCUCAGUACUCUACGCCAAGCUGAUUUUGAGGCCCAUAACAUUCUCAGGGAGUCUGGGUAUGCUGGGAAGAUCAGCCAGAUGCCUGUGAUUCUAACACCGUUACAUUUUGAUCGAGACCCACUUCAGAAGCAGCCUUCGUGCCAGAGAUCUGUGGUUAUCCGAACCUUUAUUACAAGUGAUUUCAUGACUGGUGUACCUGCAACACCUGGCAGUGAGAUCCCUGUAGAGGUGGUGUUAAAGAUGGUCGCUGAGAUUAAGAAGAUUCCUGGUAUUUCUCGAAUUAUGUAUGACUUAACUUCAAAGCCCCCAGGAACUACUGAGUGGGAGUAAUAAACUUCUUGUUCUGUUAAA